CAUGGCAACGAGCGACUCAACUUACGUCUCGCGAUAACUUUUAUAUGCGACAAAUGAAAAAAGAAAAAUAAAAACCGUAACCAGUGUUGAAUUCACUAAGCCGGGCGGUUGAAGCAAAGACGUAUUAUUGGAAAAGCUAUAUUUUUCACAUAACGGAAUGAGGAACUGUGUGUUUUGAAAGCCAGUUGUGGAUUCUACUGAUUUAAUUUCUAUGAAGACUAUUGACGACGGCAAAUGACGAUAAAGAUGCCAGCAGCACCUGUGCUUCAACCAGUUCUUAAAAUGAAGGUCGAUGAGCUCUUUUUGAACUGGUUGAGUGAAACCACCACUCAGCUGAUGUUGAAGGAUUACUUAGAACGUAUCAAGAAUGGAGAAAAAAUUGAUAGUGCCUUAAAGGAUAAAAGUGAGAGCAAACAGUUAAUUUGCAGUGAAAAAAGGAAAAUAUCUGGAUGUAAACAAAAUGUAAAGGAUACAGCAUCUGUUAUGUUAGGUGCUUCCCUGAGUACUUCACCUCUUAGCUCUGCUCUUCCUUCUGGUAGCGGAUUAAGCCCAAGGGUUGGGCAGACCACUCGGGUCCGACGAUCUACUGGAUCUAAAGUAACUCAAGUGAAGAAAGAAGAGCCUUUAGUGCCAUCUUUGAGUGCAAAUAUCCCAAGAUUUUACUUUCCCCUGGGAUGUCCAAAAACAGAUGUCAAUGUUGAUGCUGUUAUUUCCAUAAUAGAAAAUGUUUUUUCUCAAUUUCCAAGUGAAAAGGCAACUAUAGAAGAUAUGGGUCUUGUAGCCAAAGCUUGUUACUGUCCAAUGUAUUGGAAAGCACCUUUGUUCUAUGCAGCUGGUGGAGACCGAACAGGAUUUGUGUCAGUUCAUAAAUUUGUUGCAAUGUGGAGAAAGACAAUCCAGACAUGCCACGAUGAUGCUGCAAGAUUUGUUCACCUUUUGGCGAAACCAGGCUGCCUCUACCUAGAACAAGAAGAUUUUAUACCAUUUCUUCAGGAUGUGGUAAAUACACAUAGUGGUCUCACAUUUCUAAGAGAGGCUUCAGAUUUUCAUUCUCGAUACAUUACCACAGUUAUUCAGAGGAUAUUUUAUAAUGUAAAUCGAUCAUGGAGUGGAAGAAUUACUAUUUCAGAACUCAGAAAAAGUACCUUCUUACAGGCUGUAGCAUUACUUGAAGAGGAAGAUGAUAUAAAUCAACUGACUGAAUAUUUUUCCUAUGAGCAUUUUUAUGUUAUAUAUUGCAAAUUUUGGGAACUUGAUACUGACCAUGACCUAUACAUUGAUCAGAAGGAUUUAGCCAGACACAAUGACCAUGCACUGUCCAAUAAAAUAAUUGAACGAAUAUUCUCUGGUGCUGUCACUAGGGACAGAAAAAUGCUGAAAGAAAGGAGAAUGAGCUACGCAGACUUUGUUUGGUUUCUAAUAUCUGAAGAGGAUAAAAAGUCAAGUACAAGCAUAGAAUACUGGUUUCGCUGUAUGGAUCUUGAUGGUGAUGGAGUGUUGUCUAUGUAUGAGUUGGAAUAUUUUUAUGAAGAGCAAUGCCAAAAGCUAGAAAACAUGGCAAUAGUGUUUCUUCCGUUUGAGGACUGCCUGUGCCAAAUACUAGAUCUUGUAAAACCAGAACAUGAAGGUAGAAUUACACUUCAUGAUCUGAAGAAAUGCAAGUUAGCCUACAUAUUUUUUGACACCUUUUUCAAUAUUGAGAAGUAUCUGGAUCAUGAACAGAAAGACCAAGUCUCUGUUUCAAGGGAAAAUGAACUUGAUGGACCAGAGAUAACUGACUGGGAACGGUAUGCUGCUGAGGAGUAUGACAAUCUAGUAGCUGAAGAAGUGGCAAAUGAGCAGUUAACUGAUGGGUAUGACAACGACUUCGACUCAGUUAACCAACAGAUCUAUCAAGAGUUCAGUUUGAGAACCAACAAGAAAACCUUCUUUGAAAUACCAAACUCUCCCUCAGCUGUUGAUGUAGACGAAUAUGAAUAUGAAGAUGACUUUGAAUAAUUAUUAAAAUGUUGAAAUACUUUUGCAGCUGGCCUGCAGUCAAAAUAUUAAAGUGAGCACUGAUUCUAGAUAAAGCCAUAAUAUAUUGUUAAUGUUAUCUCACUGAGGUGACAUUCCCCAUGCGUUAUGAAAACACCAGAACCAUUUUUAAAAAGCUGUAGCCAUUUAUAUGAAGAUGGCUGUUAAUGAUACACAUGAAUUAAAAUUCAAUAUUUGUAGGAUUCCUUUUUGAUCUUGUUAUAGUGCUGGUCAUCACAAAAUUUCCUGUAGAUUUU